AUGGCACAGGGCAGUGAUGAUCUUCUUUCGACAAGCCAGAUCAAAGACUGGCGGUCCAUCGUCACGCUGAUUGUAUUUGUUCUCACGAAUAUCAUUGUCCUGUUUCCGUUCCAUAUUCCCAUAUUCGUUCCUAGGAAGCUCUCAGAUCUCUUCUUGGAUGCUCUCGGGGCUCUGAGAAUCAUCCCAAAGCGCCAGUAUCGCUCCCCUCCGCUGGCCGAAGAUGACGACAAUGGCAAGAUCAAGCCCUGGGUGCGACUCAACUUUCCCAUGAACUUUGUCACAGCCCCCUUCAUUGCAGAUCUAUUUCUGCUGGCAAUUCUCGCCAUUGGCCGACAGGAAGUCCACGAUGGCACCAUUGGCGCCGACAACAUUUCUCCAAUCGACGUCAUGGUCUUCUUCAUCACCUUGGCCUACAUUGCCAUAUCCAUCGACGCUUCUGGUCUCAUCAGAUACCUGGCAUUCAAAGUCCUUGAAUGGGGAGGCAGUUUUGGGCACCGAUUGUUCUUCUAUCUCUAUGCCUUCUUCUUCGUCUUGGGGAGUUUCGUUGGAAAUGAUCCAAUUAUCUUGUCGGGAACUGCGUUCCUAGCUUACAUGACGCGAGUAUCAAGAAACAUUAUACAUCCCAGAGCAUGGAUCCAUUCUCAGUUUGCUAUUGCAAACGUCGCAUCUGCGAUUUUGGUUUCUUCCAAUCCGACUAACCUCGUCCUCGCGGGAGCCUUCAACAUCAAAUUCAUUCACUACACUGCCAACAUGAUUGUUCCCGUUGUCGCCACCGCCAUUAUUCUAUUUCCUUUCUUACUCUAUUUUGUCUUUGCGAACCCGGAUCUCAUUCCAUUCGAGAUCCAGAUGCAUGAGCUUCCGGAGGAUGUCAAGGCUAAGAAGCCCGUCAACCCCAACAUCCCCCACUCAAGGGGACGUACCGAUGCGGAUGAGUCUGACCUCGCCAAUAAUGAGAAAGGGCAGUUGUUGUCAUUGGAAGAAAUUAUGAAUCCUUUUUUAGACAAACGUGGAGCGGCAUUCGGCACCCUCAUCAUGGCUGCUACCCUGAUCACUGUCCUGACACUCAAUGCCACAAGCGCCAAGAGCGGUGCCCAUCCGGUGUUUUGGGUUACUCUGCCGGCGGCUUUCGUCAUGUUCUGCUGGGACCUUGGUUUUGGAUGGUACUACCGAAAAGAAACACGCGAGAUUGCAAGAAAGGGUAGGCAGGAAUUCGAAACUGCACGUACUGAAAGAAUCUUUCGCCAAGCGGAAGAAACAAGGCGAUCACCAGCUGCCGAGACCCAACUUCAAGACUCUACGGACUGUGAGAAAAACUCUUCCACUCCAAAACUUGACUCUACAGAAAUCCAGCCCCAAGACCUGAGUUUCAUGAAUUCGCUUCGGGAGAAGAGUAUUCUGGAACAACCUAGCACAAGUUACCCCCCUGAAAGGCUUUUCGUGUCCACCUCCAAGGUGGACGUGGAGAAAAGACAUCAAAAAUCAUUGCCAUCCAUUCAACAGCCCCGCGGGCCAGCUACUUUGAUGUCUCUGGGUCAAGAUGCGCUUAGGUGGUGCCAAGAGACAUUUCCCACGGCCGCGACUGUCGUUCUUCACCUACCGUUUGCGCUCGUCCCGUUUGCCUUUUGCAUGUUUGUCCUUGUUCAAGGGCUAGUUACAAAGGGCUGGGUGCCAGUGUUUGCUUAUGGAUGGGACCACUGGGUAAACAAAACAGGGACAAUCGGUGCCAUAGGGGGCAUGGCCUUUCUAUCUGUUGUUCUGUGCAACUUUGCGGGAACAAAUAUUGGGACUACGAUAUUACUUUGUCGAAUUAUCCAGAGUUGGCAAGAGAUUCAUCAAAGGAGCGGCAUCCCUAUCAGCGACCGGACAUUCUGGGCAACUGUGUACAGCAUGGCUCUUGGAGUCAACUAUGGUGCGUUCAGCUCUGCGUUCAGCGCUUCGCUUGCUGGCCUGCUCUGGCGCGAUAUCCUUGCCAAAAAGCACAUUCACGUUGGGAGCAUGGAAUUUUUCCGUGUGAAUAUUCCCAUUAUUUUAAUCACCAUGAUUGUGGGAUGCACCGUUCUUGUGGGCGAAGUGUACAUUAUCCGGAAGGAGACGCCUUACGAAAUGUGA